AUGUCAAAAUCAUCAAACCCUGGCGAUAUUGACAGAAACUCCAGAGACAAUCAAUCUGAUUCCGAUAACCCGUUCAUUCGUUUCAGACACUUCGCCGAUGCGCAAAUAGGUGCAGUUCUACAAGGAUUCAUCGGUCUGCCAUCAGCAUUUUCAAAGCCACAGAGUGAUUCACAAUGGUCCGUAUUCGAUGAGGAUUUGAAAAGAAGAAUUGCGAGGCGGAGGGAAUUGAAGGAAGCCGAAGAUUCAAGAAGUGAGGAUACAGCAAUGUCGGAGGGUGAAGAAGUCCAAAUAUCUGUAAAGAAGUCACAAACUACACAUGGCGACGUAGACUUCGUUCACUUCUUACAUGACCAAUGGUUGAAUGUUUUCGGAACUGGCGAUAUUCCGCUAUAUUCGCCUUUACAAUCUCCCUUCGCCAACCCUUUCUCUGGCAACCUUAGGCAUACCAUGAGUUCUUUCGCUGCGAUGAUGUUAUACAAAGCCGAUCCGGAUGAUUACUCACUAGUGCCUUAUCUUUUCGGAUCGCCGUACUCGCCGCUGUUCUUAUCUUUUAAUCAAUCUAUCUAUGCGCAUCACCAGUUCUACGAUGCGCAAAUCAGAGGUACAAGAACGUAUGACAGACCGCGUGGGGCCACUCCCCGGGACGACUUUCCAUAUUGCGAAGCAUUUGAAGACCUACUACUUAUCAGCCAGGGAAAGACUCGCGAUACAGACGUUCCAGUCGGCUGCAAUGAAAGAACAACUACCGAAAGACCCGAAAGUAUCACUUCGACAGUGGAGAAUGGAUUGGAUUGGAUUGAGCGACUUCAAAGACUAGGCAUACUUAAUCUGCCUAGCUCAGAGUUGACCAAUAUUUCAAAGGAGUCUCCCUCAUCUGAAGAACUUGGCGCCAGCAGUCGAGGCGCAGCUUCGCUUGUCUCUCAGAAUAAAGGGUUCAAGAAUAAUGCCGAGACCGAGGAACAAAUGUAUGAGAGUUUUCUUCGAGAUGCAUCUACGACGCCUGAUCAAUUCUUCACCACGCUUGAGUCCACCCUUACAGCAGUAGAAAAAAUGAUGAAGGGUAAAAGCGUACCUUUCGAAGAAUCUCGUCGGUCAAGUUCCUCGGGCUUGCAAGAAGUCAUCAGCAUGAGUGGCAAAUCACUUUCGGAGCCCAUCGGAUCAAAACGAGAAGUGUCUUCAAGCUCAACCGUUGAGCAUUUUACCAAUGAAGAUGGAACUGUAGAAACGACGAUCCGUGUAUGGAAAAGAUUUGAUGAUGGAAGUGAAACAGAAACAACGUCUAGUCAUACAGUUGAUAAAGCAGGGACCCGACAUUCCGAUAUUGAUAGGUCUGAUUUUGACUUUGAGGGUUCUCAAUCUCAGCAGAGAGCGGAGGCUGAUGAUCAGGAAAUCAGAUCGCGAGUCAAAAAGAAUACAAAGCCUGGAUGGUUUUGGAAUUGA